AAUAACUUGGUGAUAUCUUGCCUCGGUAAAUAUUAUUAUUGUGAUUACAUUAAGGAAUUCUCGGGACUCACCACAUAUCAUGGUCUUGUUCGCAUUUACAACUCGAACACUUGGCCUUCCCGGAUAUUCUGGUGUGUAGUGGUGCUGUCCUGCCUCUCGCUGUUUAUGAUUCAUAGCGGCUACCUUCUACUUGGAUAUCACUCGAAGCCCACGUUGUUCCAAGUGAAGACCAUCGUGGCAUCGGACGGCGUUUCCUUCCCCGACAUCACCAUUUGCAAGCACGAACCGAUUCAAAUGUCUCGAGUAAUAGGAUAUAAUAUGAGCAAAAAUGUCCUGCUCUAUCUUCUGGCCUCCUUCAAUGAUCACGUCGAGCGCGAUGAGCUUGAUGAGAAACAUCGUGCUUUUGAGGGCUACAAAAACAACUACCGCUCAGAGACUGGACGAAAUUUCUCAAUUGCGAAUUUUUUCCUCGAUGUCAGGCCAACUUGUGAAGAAAUGGUGUUGAGCUGCUCCUUCGCUGGCGAGGACAUUGAGAACUGCUGCGCCAACAGCGAAGUCGUGAUCACCGACGUCGGCUAUUGCGUCAGGUGA